AUGGAAGUGCGAAAUUCAGAACAUGGACACAUAAUUGAAGUACAUGUAGAUGUUCCAGCUUCGGAGACUAGUCUAGGUGGUAGUAGGAUUUGUGGGGGAGCAUCAUGUGGAUUUUCAGAUGCUAAAACCAGUUCUAAAGAUGCACAGGAACGAGGGGCAUCCAUGAAGAAACUUGGGUGGGCAGUUGGGCUCUGUCUUGUCUUCAUGGGUGUUGAAAUUGCUGGAGGCAUAAAAGCCAACAGUCUUGCGAUUUUGACUGAUGCAGCUCAUCUUUUAUCAGAUGUUGCAGCUUUUGCAAUCUCCUUGUUUUCAAUUUGGGCAUCGGGAUGGGAGGCGACUCCACGCCGGACUUAUGGUUAUUUUAGGAUUGAGAUACUUGGUGCUCUUAUUUCCAUCCAGAUGAUAUGGCUUCUUGCAGGGAUCCUUGUGUAUGAAGCUAUUGUUAGACUUAUUCAUGAUACAGGUGAAGUUCAGGGCGCUCUCAUGUUUGCUGUUUCUGCUGUUGGAUUACUGGUUAAUAUUGUCAUGGCACUCUUGUUGGGUCACGACCAUGGGCACAGUCAUGGUCACGGUCAUGGUGGGCACGGUCAUGGUCAAGAUCAUGGUGGGCACGAUCAUGGCCACAGUGAUCAUGACCAUAGCCAUGAUGAGGAUCAUGACCAUGCACAUAACCACGGGUUGAGUGGAGGAGCCACACAUCAUAAUCAUCAGCAUCAUGAGGGAAGCUCCAAAGACAAUGAUGAGCAUCAUCAUACACAUGGAGCAGAUCUUGCUGAGCCAAUGCUUGCUACUCACACAGACGACAGUAUAACAAAAGGUGGGCAUAAACAAAAGAAGAAACGGAAUAUCAAUGUUCAGGGGGCUUAUCUUCAUGUAUUGGGAGAUUCAAUUCAGAGUGUUGGAGUGAUGAUUGGUGGGGCAAUUAUAUGGUAUAAGCCAGAGUGGAAGAUUAUUGAUCUCAUAUGCACUCUUGUGUUUUCGAUAAUUGUGCUGGGCACAACAAUCAGUAUGCUACGGAAUAUCCUGGAGGUUCUAAUGGAGAGUACACCGAGGGAGAUUGAUGCAACUAGGCUUGAGAAGGGUCUCUGUGAGAUGGACGAGGUGGUUGCCAUCCAUGAGCUGCACAUUUGGGCAAUAACUGUAGGGAAGUUUUUGCUGGCUUGCCAUGUUAUGAUCAAGCCUGAUGCUGAUGCUGACUUGGUUCUAGACAAGGUUAUAGAUUACAUUAGGAGAGAACACAAGAUCACUCAUGUGACCAUUCAGAUAGAGCGACAGUAA